AGGGCGCCGGGAAGCCGGUCGGCGUCCCUGCGGAGAGCGGCGGGCCGUCGGCGGGCAGCCCCGCCGCCUCUCUCCGGCAGGGGGAGUGCGGAGCUGCCGCAGCCGCGGCGGCACCCGAGGAAGAUGGCGGCGGCCGCUUCCGAGCAGCAAAGUUCCAAUGGGCCAGUGAAGAAAUCUAUGCGUGAGAAGGCUGUAGAACGCAGGAACGUCAAUAAGGAGCACAACAGUAACUUCAAAGCCGGGUACAUUCCAAUUGAUGAAGACCGACUCCAUAAGACAGGCUUACGUGGCAGGAAAGGCAAUUUGGCCAUCUGUGUGAUCGUCCUUCUUUUUAUUUUGGCUGUCAUCAAUCUGAUUAUUACACUUGUUAUCUGGGCAGUGAUUCGAAUCGGCCCCAAUGGCUGUGACAGCAUGGAGUUCCACGAGAGCGGCUUACUGCGGUUUAAGCAAGUUUCUGACAUGGGGGUGAUACAUCCACUGUAUAAAAGCACUGUAGGAGGCAGACGGAAUGAAGAUCUGGUGAUCACUGGAAAUAAUCAGCCUAUUGUAUUUCAGCAAGGAACAACCAAGCUUAGUGUGGAGAAAGACAAAACUUCCAUCACCAGUGAUAUUGGCAUGGAAUUUGUUGACCCCCGGACACAAAAUACUCUGUUCAGCACAGACUAUGAAACUCAUGAGUUUCAUCUGCCAAAUGGAGUUAAAAUCUUGAACGUACAAAAGGCCUCUACAGAGAGGAUUACUAGCAAUGCAACCAGUGACCUAAACAUAAAGGUUGAUGGCCGUGCUAUUGUCCGAGGAAAUGAAGGCGUUUUCAUCACAGGCAAGACCAUUGAGUUUCGAAUGGGGGGCAACAUGGAGCUUAAAGCAGAAAACAGCAUUAUCCUGAAUGGAACUGUGAUGGUCAGCCCGUCGCGACUGCCGAGCUCUUCUUACGGGGAGCAGUUUAACAACGGCAACUGGCUGCGAUUCAAGCUGUGUAUGUGUGCGGAUGGAACACUGUUCAAGGUGCAGGUGACAGGUCACAACAUGGGUUGUCAGACCUCUGUCAAUCCGUGUGGAGCCACACACUGAGACGCAAAGCACUACCAGAAGAGUUCUCUUAUGUGUUUACAAGUGUUUGUAUGAAGUAACUGCAUGCCUUCAAGGAUUUCUGUUUCUACAAGAGUUUAUACUAACAUUUAUUACAUAAUAUUUUUAAGCACAGGUUGUUACAUUCAGCAGUUUAAUGCCAUCGUUGUGCUAGCCAUAAAAGCGACGCCGAUUCAGCGAGCUUUCAGUUUAUGUGCAUACUGAAAUGCCUUCCUGAAUUGGGAUCAGUAGAAUGUGUUUAAAGAACUGAAACAUAACUGUAAGCAGCAGUGUCUUAAGGUCAGGUCUCUUUUUUUCCUGUGAAUUGUCAGUAUUCAAUUCUGAAGUUAAAGUGAAAUCUGCAAUUCUUUGUGAUGGUAUUGGAUCCCGUGACAGCAGAGUAACCACAGGUAUAUCUGAAUUUGUCAACAGUGAAACUACGUCUAUGGUGAGCUGGGGCCUUAUAAAUAAAUUACUGUAGCCUUAGAACUGCUUUUGUAGAGGGAUGGUGUUCUGUGCUAAAGAGAUCAGCUCAUUAUCCUCAUUCUUCCCCCGUGUACUUUUCUUCUGUUUGAAAUAGGUUUGCUGUGUGUUUUGUUUUACAGUAGCAUCAAGUAAUCUAAAUAGAGGAGGCCACAAUAGUGACUUUGCAAGUCAUUUUUUCAACAAGUUUUUUUAGAUAAGCACAUAUUUAUCUCCCUAAAAGUUGUGCAGAAAUUAAAUGUUAACUUCAGAAUUGGGCAUUUGUUACGGGAAUAUGAAUUACCAACCUUUGUUUUAUAGCUCUCAAAGUACGCUGAAUUCCAGAAGACAAGUCAGCUCCUGCUGCCAUUGAAUUACAUUAAAAAUUAUGGGAAAUACAAACAUAAAGUAUGUUUUGCAUACUGACUUUAUGAACUUCAUAGUUUUACUACAUUUAAUAUGUAUUAAUCAUACUGAAAACAUGCAUGUUUGUGGCACUAAGCAGUUCCCAAUGAGGAUGUUUCACCUGAGGAGAUAAAACUGUUACAUUUUUAGCUCUUGCACUCACUUGAUAAUGGCACAGUUUGUCACUUUAUUUACACAUAUAUAUAUGUGUGUAUAAUGCAUAGUUAUAUGUACAUUAUAGAAUGCUGCUUAUAUUCAUAUAUAUUACACAGAUAUGCAUAUACAUGCAAAUACUGACAUACAUAACUGACAUUAAUAUUGGUAUGUGUAUUUAUAUAUAAAUAUAAGCAGCAGUGUUCUCAAAGCUGAAAUAAUAGAACUUGGUAAAUUACAGAUACUGCCUUGGUCACGUAGAAUACACAUGGAGAGCACUUUAUAGCUCUUCUCUGCUUGAUAUCAUGCCUACGUUCCAGGAUUGGAUUCCAGACCUAUAAUUAUCAGGAAUUCUUAUACUACACACAGCAUAGCUGAGAGACGUGUCACAAAGGUACUCUUAAAUCAUAGUCUGGAGAAUUGAUUUUGAAUUGUGGAUUUUUAGUCAAAAUGUAGGAAAACCAGUCAUAUAAAUGCCCAGUGAUAUGAGUUACUGUCUUGCUGGCCACUAUUUAUGCUUUGGUAAAGUAUUUUGUUGCCUUCAUUACAGUUUGAGAAAUGUUGACAUCGCAUACCCCGUGUUGUGCAGUUAUUUGCUGUUUAUCUUCUAACUGCCUGAAGUACAUUUUUCUAUGCUUAUUUAAAGCACUGUGUGGCACACUGUUUAUUUCAGUCCCACAGAAUCACUUGAAAUGCUGUGUUCUACAUGCUUCUGUGUAAGAUACCUACUGGGUACACCAAAGCAACGCACUUGUGGUGAAUUCUCAGCAUUGUAAAAGUGGUGGUUACUUCAGUAGCUGGAAGACAGUUGCAUUUCUAAUUUUUGUUUUUAAAUGAAAUUUGUUUUUAAAUGAAAAAAUAAAUUUUAAGACUCA